GCGUCAAUUGGCCGUUACUGGUGGCUCGCUUUACUAACCAGUUGUCACACUAUGAAUAUUUAUUUGAUAUUUUUCCUGGUCCCAUUAUGCGUAGUUAUUCAUUCCACAGCAGCUCGUCGAGCCCAUGGGAAACGAUAUGACCACAAUAGUGAAACGGGAAACUUUGAAAAUGUUCAGGCGAAUGACCGUGGAGAUGAAUUUCAUCAACUAUCUGAUGAGACUAGUGCAGAUCAGAUUCAUUUACAAGAAGAUGCUGCUUCCGGAGGGUAUCAAAAAAGCAAUCCUGAACUAGGCGAUCACGUCACGGAAGAUGCGGCUACAACUGCGGACACCACACUAGAAGAAAAUGAUCAAAAAGACGUCGAAGCAAGUCUACCACAAAGUCAUACUAUCGUAAGGAAAUAUGGAUCUUUAGCAAAUGUUCCCGCACAGCAAAUGGGAUAUGGCUUCAAAUUUAGCUCUGUUAUCCCGCAAGACAUUCGAUACACUUAUGACAAGGAAGUUCCCAUACCACAACCUGAAGGAUUGAGUGGAAAUGAAGAGGACGCAAGUUCACAGUUCCCAGCUCAACACUUGGAAGGUCUGGCACAAGAAGCUGAAAUUCAAUAUGACCAGGCUCCGCCAGAAGUGGAUGGCAAUGAUCAGGUGUCAGAAGUGAGUAUUCAUAGAACGGACUCGGACGAUAGUCAUGAUGAAGAAGGUUACAGCAUAGGAAGCGGUUUGAGGUCCAUUGCUCAAGGAUCUGCCCACCAAGCCCAUUCGGCGGUCGUUAGCCAAAACAUUGCAGCUCAGCAAGCCGCCUUUAUAGCGAAGAGCACUUUGGCUCAGUCCGCUAUUCAAUCGGCAGCAACAGCCAUUGCUGCACUUGCCGGAAAGGAAGUUCUAUUUCACAGUCUUGAAAGGCAAACAGAGAACGCUCGAAAUGCUCUCAAUCACGAAAUCAGUCAACUGCAGUUAACAAAAAAGACAGCAGCGUCGGCCAGACAUGCUGCACAAAAGGCUGCAUACCAUGUGUCUGUUUUGGUAGCUGCUCUGAACAAUGCUCAACAAGCAUCUGAGCGGUCAGAAGAGAAUGCCAAGGCAGCUGCAGCUGAACUUGCUUCACAAACAACCAUGGUUGGUGAAGCGAAAGGUCGUUUGGAUACUAUCACAGGGAAACUGAGGGCAGCUCACAUUGACUUUGAAGCUACUAAGAAAGCUGCUAGUGAAGCCUCAGCCGCUGCAGAGGAGGCCCAGCGCAAUGCCCUCGUGCUAGGAGAGCAAGCUUCUCUUGUACUUCACCCGCGAACCGUAGUAGUAGACCCGCAUUAUCACAUCCCUGCGUAUGCAAUACAUUAGUCGUGACUUCGUUAGGAUAGGAUUUAUUUAUGUAGAUUUAAGGCAAAUUGUUGUUACUUGUUAUACUAUGUUCAAUUAAUA